AUCGCGCCAGAGAUAGAACGACAGGGGCGCCGACGGAGCAUCGACAUACACGCUCUAGUAUCACUACCUCUACGCUCAAUGGGACAAAGUGUAAAGUUAAACUGGCAAAGUGCCAUCGUGAAGAAGUUGAAAAAUGAUGACCGGGAGCCGCAGUGUCCCGAGCCAACAGCUCAUUAUUUUGUCUUCGGAACCUAUCCGUUCCGACCAAUCAUUGACCAGUGUCCUCCUAAUUAGAUUCCCUUUCUUGGAAACUACAUAUAAACCUCACUUCGUCCUUUUGUUUCUUUUCUCCUUCCGUGCCGUUCCGGCUGCCAAACGCCCGCAAGAAAUCAUGCGUUUCCUCACCAUUCUCGCGGCCAUAGUCGCCGCUAUAUCGUCUAUGAUGUACAUGCUCGAAUCGCACCUCGAAAAGUUCUACAUAUUCAACCCGUCCGAGCUACACUCUCUCUCGCAAGAAGGGAUCGCCAAGCACGGAAAUGACACACGUGCCGUCGUCGCCCAUAUUGUUUCAUCGCUAUCGACCACUCACGGCAAACACAUCAACCUAGAUGAAGAGUGGGUGUUUAAUAACGCCGGUGGUGCUAUGGGCGCCAUGUGGAUCAUCCAUGCUUCCAUCACCGAGUAUCUGAUUGUCUUUGGAUCAGCAGUCGGUACAGAAGGACACAGUGGUCGUCACACCGCUGAUGACUACUUUAUGAUUCUGAGGGGCACGCAGUAUGCGCAUAGGCCUGGGGUUUAUGAGCCCGAGGUGUAUCCUCAGGGGAGUCUGCAUCUCAUGAAGAGGGGGGAGGUCAAGCAGUAUAUGAUGCGGGAUACGUGUUUUGCGCUCGAGUACGCGCGAGGAUGGAUUCCCCCCAUGAUGUUGUUUGGUUAUGCCGACAGUGAGUGUUUGAGCGUUGAAUGUUGGGUUGAAGGUGUAUUGGCUAAUCGUCUGCAGCUUUUUCGAGUACUAUCGAUUUCCCAACUCUCUGGAGGACGACGGUGA